AUGGACAACUCAACAGAACCCAUAAUUCCAGAACGGAAACGGAAUCAGUUUUCAUACAAUUCAAACGAGCUUAGACGGCGGCAUAUCGGGAAAACUGCUGCUGCUACUUUUGGAAAAAGCGAGUCGUCGUCUGGUACAACGACACGAGCAGAAACGAAUACGAGUGGAGGAGGAGGAUUCUAUGAAUGUAAUAUAUGCUUCGAUACGGCAACACACCCGGUAUUGACACUGUGUGGCCAUUUAUUUUGUUGGUCAUGUCUUGCACAAUGGCUUAAUGCACAAUCGCGCAAUCCUACCUGUCCUGUAUGCAAAGCUGGAUGUGGUAAGGAUAAGGUGAUCCCUAUUUACGGACGAGGACGAGAAGAAAAAGAUCCAAGGAAUGAUCCAUCGAUACCCACACGCCCAGCAGGCCAGAGACCACCCCCAUUACGAGACCCAAACACACCGGCAACCUCGUUCUUUGGACAACCAUUCCGAGGAGCCAUGUAUAACGCCGGCAGCAACGUUGCGAUCUCUGCAGGCAUUGGCUUAUUUCCACUAGGCAUUACUUUGAAUAUUCCGGCAACAUCCGGUGGUCUGCACGGACAAAAUGCACAGAGCUCAUUUUUAUCGCGAUUGAUCUUGAUGGUCAUCAUUCUGUUCCUUGCUGCGAUCAUAUUCUAUUAA